AUAAUUAAGAUGGAUGUGUCCUUACAAAAGAAGAGGUGGAGACCUGAGAUUGCCCCGCCUACUGAGGAAAUCAUCACAGAGGGACAGAAACAGCUGAAGACUCUACUGGAUAAACAGCUCCAGAAAGACGUCACCAUUCAACAACAGUUGGCUCAAAAGCGGACUUUCACCUCUGCAUCAGCCCACUGCCCGGCAGUGAACUCACUGUCAGGACUGACAUCUCUGGACCAGUUUCAGGAGGUGGACAAACUAGAUAGCUAUACAGAGGAACUGAAGAAAUGUGGCUUAACAGAGGAGGAGAUUCAAAUUAAAUUGAUGGCUGAGGAUCCACACAAGCCACAGAAGAAAAGAAAUUUUGGUAUUAAUCCAUUAAUACUGAAUGAAAAAUUGAAGAAAAUAGAGGAAAAAAUUGAAAAGAAAAUGUUAGAAUUGAAUCAAAAGGAUAAAAUUCAUGGACAGAAAACUUUGACAAGACAUGAAAUGGAACUGGAAAGAUCACUUCUCAGAGAAUGUAACUCUGAUGAUAGCAAAAAAGUCAUUCAAGCAUUGACAACAGUUAAAGAUCCAAGGAAGACUACUCAACCAAAAGAUCCAAUGAACCAUCUUCCAGAAAUAUUAGAAAAUAUAAUCAGAAAGCCAGAGGGAUACAAAGGAAGAAAAAACAAACCAAAAGACUUAACCAGUAACUCUGAUGUACAAAGUGGAGUUGACGAAGCUAAGAAUAAACUGAAGGAUAGUUCUAGUAGUGUUUUAGAAGAAAAGCAAACAGAAGAAGAAUUCGAAGAGGAAUUUGGUGAAAUGGCAACAUGUGCACCAAGGCCCUUAACUCCUGUACCAGAGGUUUCUAUGGAGGACAUUCAGAAAAAUAAACUUACAACUGAAGAAAUUCAGAUGCUACCAAGGUUUGGAAAUUACAACCCUGGAAAUCCUAGUAAUGUUCUUUACUUAAAGAAUUUGUCAGGGAAAGUUCAUCAGCUGGACCUAGAAUCAUUAUUUAAGAAGUUCCAGACAGAGGGAUCAGGUGCCCUUACUUACAGAGUAAUGAAGGGCAAAAUGAAGGGACAGGCAUUUAUUACCUUUCCUGACAUUGCUACAGCAUCACAUGCCAUGGAGUGUGUGAAUGGUUACAACUUGAAAGGUAAACCUGUCAUUAUCCAGUUUGGAAGAAACAGCUCCAGUAACCAAUCAACAAUGUAAAAUUGUUUCAUUUAAAGAUAAA